AUGAACUUGGCAAAAUUUGCUAUUUUUUUAUUUUUUAUUUGCAUAUUAUCCGACUUAUCGGAAUGCAUGAAUGAACAUAGACAAGGAGAAGAACCAUCUGAACGAAAAGUGAAACGAUUGAAACGAAUAAAUGAAGAAAUUGCAGAAUUUAAAAGAGAUGAAGAAUUUUAUAAGGAAGAGGUCCGUAAAACAAAGGAAAAAUAUGAAAAGGCUUGUCAAAACUUAAAUAAGACUAGAAAAGCUAUAGAAGGUACAUGUUAUUCAGUAAAUGUGCAAUUUAAUGCGCAUACUUCAUUACUUUCAUUGCAUUUUUGGCGUUAG